GUAUUACAAAGUAAAGUCAAGUCACAGCAGCUUAUUGAACUCUUGCAAGAUUAUACAGAAAAGAGCAAUAAAGAGUCUAAAAAAGAAACAGAAGAGGCCGAAGAAGAAAGUGAUGAUGAUAAAAAAAGCGAUGAUGAUAAAGAAAAUCAAAUACCU